GGGACGGAGGGAAGGAGGAAGGAAGGAAGGAAAGGAGGAGGCCGGGGCGGACGCGGGGUUCCGGCGAUGGCGGCCCGGCCGCUUUCGCUUUCGCUUCCCAGCCGGGGGAGGCCGGGGCUCGGUGCCUGCGUCCGUGCCCUGCCGGGUUUUUUUACCUGGUAAAGGUAUAUUGUGCAAAUAUUAGCUUGAAAGGGGCCUUUUAGGAUGUCUGAAGAUGAUGAAAAAAUUAAGCUUCGUCGAAUUGAACCCGCCAUUCAGAAGUUCAUUAAAGUGGCAAUUCCGACAGAUUUGGAGAGAUUAAGAAAACACCAAAUAAAUAUUGAGAAGUAUCAAAGAUGCAGACUCUGGGAUAGAUUGCACGAUGAGCACAUUAACGCAGGACGAACAGUUCAGCAACUCCGAGCCAACAUGAGAGAGAUGGAGAAACUUUGUUUGCGAGUCCGACAGGAAGACAUCCCUGUUCUGCAGAGAAUGAUAAAUCCAGUGAAAGAGGAAGCUUCAUCUGCCAUAAAAGACUUCCUACAGCUCCAUUCUGAAUCUGCAGAAGAACUUAAAAGGCAACUAGAAGGACAGGAGGAUGGCUCUUUAACCAGAUCUGUAACUGUAGGAGGAGAAACUUCCUAUAACACAGAAGUGAAGGAUGGGUCCCAAAGUUUAAUCCAGAUUUAUUCUCCCCUUCCUGAAAUACCUCAGAAUGAAAAUGCAGCUGAGUCCUGGGAAACUUUAGAAGAGGACUUGAUUCAGCUUAGCCAGUUGGUGACUGAGUUUUCUGUGUUAGUCAACUCUCAGCAGGAGAAGAUUGACAGGAUUGAAGACCAUGUCAACAGCGCUGCUGUGAAUACUGAAGAGGGAACCAAAAACUUGAGGAAGGCUGCAAAAUACAAGCUGGCAGCUCUGCCUGUGGCAGGUGCUGUCAUCGGUGGCGUGGUGGGGGGUCCUAUUGGGCUCCUUGCAGGCUUCAAAGUGGCAGGAGUUGCAGCUGCACUUGGUGGUGGGAUUUUGGGCUUCACAGGUGGAAAAUUGAUACAGAGAAGAAAACAAAAACUGAUUGAGCAGGUCUCUUCCAGCUGUCCAGAGCUUUCUUGCCAAAGAGCCAAAAAAUCCAGCUGAAGUAUAGAUUCUUCACGACUAGGAACAGAAGCGUAGUAGCUGUGCUAAUGACAGACUUGCAGCCUUACUUUAAAUACAAGGCUGAGUUGUGUGAACUCGUGUGAAAUUUUGCCAGCAGUACUGUUAACGUGGGGGGGGAAACUAAUGUCAGAACUUCGGAGCUUCCUCUUUUCAGAUGUGAUAAGUAACAUCAGUCUUUUAAGAAUUACCUGGGUAACUUCUUUUAAUUACAGAAUUCUGAGGUGAGAUACAUGCACAGCUGUAACGAUGGAUGACAGGCGUUUCAUGCCAAUUCGCACAAAACAUCUUUCAGACGGUACAGAGGGAGAGCCUUGGAAAACCCUAGUGCUUUCUCAUGAACA